AUGGUAACUGUUAGAACAAUACUGGCACUAGCAGCUGCUAGACAAUGGCAUAUACAUCAAAUGAAUGUGUACAAUACCUUUCUUCAAGGUGAUCUACUUGGUGAAAUCUAUAUGGAUCUACCUCGAGGAUUUGAAAGUCAGGGGGAAAAGAUGAGGAAAUAUGCAUUGGAACUCAUUGUAGAAGUAGGAUUAACGGCAUCUAUACUAGCAGCUACACCAAUUGAUACAAAUGUGAAGCUUAUAACUAAGCAGUAUGAUGAACACAUUUGGAAGAAUGAAAAAUCAGAAGCAGAUCCUACUGUUGAUCAGACUGCAUACCAGAGGUUAACAGGAAAACUUCUAUAUUUGACUGUAACAAGACCAGAUAUAUCAUUUAGAGUCCAAACUCUAAGCCAAUUUCUUCAACAAUCAAAAAAGUCUCACAUGGAAGCAGCAUUAAGAAUUGUGAAGUAUGUUAAAAGCAGUCCAGGUCAAGGCAUUCUACUAUCCAGUCAUCACAGCAACAUUGUCAUUGCAUAUUGUGAUGCAGACUGUGCAACUUGUCCAACUAAUAGGAGAUCAGUUACUGAUUUUCUAAUCAAGAUUGGCAACUCCUUAGUUUCCUGA